UAUCAUACAGCAAAAUAUCUCGUUCAUUGAACGUGCGAUAAUUACCUUGUUCAAUCGGUUUUUUUGCUUCAGCUUUGCUUUAGUUGGUACUUUGUGUAAAUCCAGACGUGUCAUCUUCUAAAUAACAGUGUCUGGACUUUCCCACGAUUAUUUGGAGUGCCUUGGAAAUGCAAGACAGCCAUGGAUUUGAGUUACAAAGCAAGGUGAGAAGGUGACGACAACGCGCUGGGGGUCAUCAACUCAGGAAACACUUUGGCAAACCGUGAAUUUGGAAAGUGUUUAAAUAAGGAAGCACAUUAUUUUUCGAUGAAAUUUAAUCAACAUCCAUUGUCUAUGCUUGCGUUUUUGUUCUGUGGCCUAAAACACCGACAAUUUCACUAGAUAGCACGGAAUACCAUCUUCGAACGAUCUGCUGAAUUGAUUUCACUUGUGAAAACAGAUCCAGAUAGACGAUCUUUUUGAUUCCGUGACUACUAACAAGGUAAAGCAGCACGAAUGUGGUUUGUGAUUAGGGAAAAACAUCCGUCGCAAUGGCUGUAAGGACAUGCGGAUGGCUGGCUCUCUUUGCCGUUCUAUUUCACGUCCCUUCGCCGACCGCAGAAGAAGUUAAACUUGGCCUUUUGAUCCCUUUCAAACGCGCUGAACGAAUCGGAAACUAUUUCAAUCGAGGCGAGUUCUUUGCUUCCGCCAUGAGUAUCGCGGUGGACCAUAUCAACGGAAGGUCUGACCUUCUGACUGGUAUGAAUGUCACUUUCAUCUGGAACGACACCGACUGUAAAGAGCUUAAAACAUUGCAGUCCGUUGUAUAUCAAAUGAAUCAAGGCGUUACGGCGUUUAUCGGACCGGGAUGUAGCUGUAACACUUCUGCCAGGCUGGCCGCAUCAUUCAAUAAGACCAUGAUAUCAUAUAUGUGUGGAAAUCCGGAGGUUUCAUACAAAAGGUUGUAUCCGACCUUUAUUCGAACGUUUGCUGUUGACACUAAACUUACUCCAAGUCUACUGUCACUGCUCAAACACUUCAAUUGGAAGAGAGUGGCGAUCAUCUGCGAAAACGUAACGAAAUGGAUCGAAAUGAAGGACAACUUGGCAACACGACUGAGGGCGAAAGGAAUAACUGUGGCGCUGGAGCUGCUUACGCAUCAUUCAGCGUUGUACAGGCCUAAAAACCAUUCAGACAACUACAGAGAAAUCAUGAAAAAGAUAAAAGAAGAAGCUCGAACCACCUAUCUACGGAGCGUAUCUUUACGAUGCCGUGUACCAGUACGCGAUUGCGCUCAACAAGACACUGGCAAGGAAGGAAGCUUUGACAGGACAGAACAUUGCAAACAAGUUACAUGACAUCCAAUACGACAGCAUACUUGGAUAUAAAAUUCAUUUUGAUGUAAAUGGAGAUGCUGAGUUCAAUCUAACGUUGCUGGAUAUGCAUGGGGAGAGGGGUAUGAUUCCAGUUGGGGAUUUCCAAAUCAAGUUUGAUAAUGAAACGAAAGAAGGAGAACAGGUUUUUAUUCGACGGCCAAACGCUACCUUAAGAUGGCCUGGUGGACGAACUGGGCCCCCAAGGGACUCUCCUGAGUGCGGCUUUCAUGGAGAAUUGUGUAUUGAACCUGAGAAAGGAGAUGUCAAGACGAAAAUAAUUGCCGGAGUAUCAGGAGCACUUGCCCUCUUGUCACUGCUCCUACUCCUUAACAUUUACAGGCAGUAUAGGCUUGAGCGUGAACUAAAAAGUCUCCUCUGGAAGGUCGACUACAAUGAAAUCUGUUUUGAGAAGAAAAGGAACUCUAUUACUUCCUUUGGAAGCUGUGUGAAGGACAACGAUCCUGAUCUGCUUGAGCCUCUUCUUGAAGAUGACGAUGAGGUUUUAAAGGUUACCGCUGUCGGAGUUUACAAGGGAAACCUCGUUGCAGUCAAACGCUUGGCCAAGAAAAACAUAGAUCUAACGAGAACUGUGUUGAUGGAGCUAAAACAGAUGCGCGACCUAAGGCAUGACAAUCUGAAUCCGUUUAUUGGUGCAUGCGUAGAUCCACCAAACAUUUGCAUCAUUUCGCAGUACUGCUCCAAGGGAAGCCUUCAGGAUAUUUUGGAAAACGAGGAUGUCAAGUUGGAUCACAUGUUCAUAGCUUCACUUGUUUCUGACAUAGUCAAGGGAAUGUGUUUUAUCCAGAGCACAGAUAUCAAGUCACAUGGCGAUCUUAAAUCACCCAACUGCUUGGUGGAUAGCCGCUGGGUGUUAAAAAUCGCAGAUUACGGGCUCCCAACUUUUAAGGAAAAGCAAAGAAAAACGUAUCCGUCGGAGCACGCAUACUACAGAGAUCUUCUGUGGGUUGCACCGGAGAUUUUACGCCUUCCAAAUCGUCCUGCUAGAGGAACGCAGAAAGGCGAUGUCUAUAGCUUCGCAAUCAUUUUGCAAGAGUUCCACACAAGGGAAGGCCCCUACAGUUCCAACUAUAUGGAUCCCAAGGAUAUUAUGAGCCGAGUACAGAACGGGGAGUUUCCACCUUUCCGCCCAACUGUGUCAGAGUUAAUUACCGGAGUGGAAGAAAUCCGGGAGCUGAUGAAACAGUGUUGGGAAGAGAAUCCAGACCUGAGGCCAGACUUCCACGAAAUCAAGAAGAUUAUAAACAAGAUUUUAACCAACAACGGAAUGAAAACAAACAUUUUUGACAACGUUGUUUACAUGAUGGAAAAGUACGCUGAUAACUUGGAAGAACUAGUGAUUGAACGAACUGGACAGCUGAUCGAAGAAAAGAAGAAGACUGACGCUCUGUUAGAGAGAAUGUUGCCGAGGCCUGUAGCAGAGCAACUGAAGAGAGGCAAGGCGGUCGAGGCUGAGAGUUUCCAUGAAGUCUCAAUUUACUUCAGUGACAUUGUUGGAUUCACCGAGCUCUCUGCAGAAAGUACUCCUCUCCAGGUUGUUACUCUCUUGAAUGACUUGUACACUCUAUUUGAUGACAUCAUAAGCGAAUAUGACGUUUACAAGUGCGCUCCUUCUGCCCGGCAGGUGGAGACAAUUGGUGACGCUUAUAUGGUCGUGUCAGGGCUACCCAUUAGAAAUGGUCAUCAACAUGCUGGUGAGAUUGCGCGAAUGGCGCUGCACUUGAUCGAGGCUGUGAAGAAAGACUUUACAGUUCGUCACAAAAGUGACUACAAGCUUAAACUACGUGUUGGAAUUCAUAGUGGUCCUGUGGUUGCAGGAGUGGUUGGAAUCACUAUGCCGCGUUACUGCUUAUUCGGUGACACAGUCAACACUGCAUCUCGGAUGGAAUCGAAUGGAGAAGCUUUAAGAAUUCACAUCAGCGAGGUGACAAAGAGAAUACUGGACGCUUUGGGAGGCUUUAAAGUCGAAACUCGAGGCGAGGUAUUCCUGAAGGGAAAGGGAAAUAUGACAACUUAUUGGCUUAUGCAUGCAGCACAGAAACCAGUCCAUAAGCCUCGACGCCCAAUACCGAAUGGUUUCCCCACAGACUCUCCCCUCCUUUCCUUACCCGGAUUUAAAAGUACUUUGGCGGCAUCUUGCUCAUCAGUAUCCCUGGGACUAAGACGUUCCCCGUCACUGCGCCGUAGUCAGUUCCGUGGCUCCCAGGGGUCUCCAAUUAUGAAGAGAUGGCAGAAAAUCGAGGAUGGUCCCAAGAAUUCUCCAAGAAACAGCUUGAUAAAGACAAAUGCCAAUGCUAACCAGCAGAGCAUCGUAUGAAAGCAAAAGUGAGAGGGAGACUGGAGACUAUCUCCAAAUCUAUCUUACAUCAAUUCUAACUCUGCUGGGAGAAAUUACUUCCGUGCCGAAUGUGUCCAAAUUUAGAAGAAACAUGAAGAGAGGACAGAAAGGAUAAAGCUAUACGAUAUCGACGUACUAAGUUUCCUUCUGAGGUCCAUAUUGAUUAUUUUCUAUCACGAAUGGGAAGCAAAAUUCAUUUCUUAUUUGUAAUUCACAGUAUAGGCACGUCAUUUGAAUAGGCUUGCUCCGGACAUUUUGCGUUCGAUCGUUAACUAAUCGUGACUAUCAUGGACCGAUUGAUUCGAAGCUUUAACAUCCCCCCUCCUGAGCAACACAUCGGAAUUUGACUUUUGAACAUUUGUUUGUUCAAAUUCCCGCUCAUUGGGACAAAAUUGUGCUCAAAUGCCUACCCAAAGUUUUGUUGAAGGCAAAAUCAGCAGCCGUUAGUUUCUACAUUUUGAUUGAGUUUUAAAACCUAGACCUUGUCCAGCUUUUCUUUAAUUUUGAGCCGUUUUCUGUCUAAAGUGAACUAUUUACCAUUAAACACCGCCAUAUUUAAAGAUAUAACGCUUCCAUUUCAAAAUCUCCCUUCCCCCGUAUGGACGACAAACAAAUUGGGUUGCCCGGGGGAUGUUGAAGCUUUGAAAUGAUCGGUGCAUAAUGCGUGUGAGUGUAAAAUAACGAGGAACGAAAAGAAAAUAAGAUAUAAUUAACGUAAUUUUUCGCUCAUUUCAUUUGGGGUCAUAUAAUUGCUUCCAUUUAAAUUCCUUCCAACUUCGCAGGGGUUCUCUCUUUCUGAAACAGAGAGUAAAACACAUGAGUAUAAACUAUUCCAAAACAACAUUUAGACAUCUUUUAUUUUCUAAGAGUCUCGAAUUCUUAAUUCCACAUGCCAUUAUGAUAAAAAAAGAAAAUUUUGCUCGCAAGGUUUGCAGUGCACCCUUUCGCUCAUUAAUGUUGCGGGGAUUUCAUGUGUUUUCUCACAAUGAACAUUUCUUAUUUCUAUAACAUUCCGCAUCCUCAUCAUUGGCACUUGCGCAUGAUGUAAUUAAUUGGAAUAACCACUGUCAGUUUAUUUGCAAACCUUGAUAUUUGAAGGUAAUUGAGGUUGUGAAACAAUUCGAAUUCUAAUUUCUAUGACCAAAUUCAAGAUUUGAAAUAACAGGGUAUGCAUUUGAAAAUAUUCAUUUCAUUGGUUUAAAAGGAAAAGUUUUGAAUAUCGAAGAAAAACGUUUUGUCUAAACCAAAAGAGAAAGGCUUGUUAAGUAAGGAGAGCAGGUGUUUAUAUAGUACAGACUGAAAUGUAAAUUAUAACUUCCAAAUUACUCUAAAUAGAUAUCUGCAUGAAUGGAUUGUAUCUAUUAAAUGUGUGAUAUUGAACAUUGCAACAAGCUCAUUUAAUCAGUUUCUGUAGAAUGUAAAGUUGUCUACAUAAGCGUUCAGUCCAUGCGAGGAAAUUACGAUAUAAUAAAAACUUUUGAACGACCA